GGCGCGCAUACGUGACAGUACAAGAUAUUGUUCAAAGAAUGCUCGGGCAUGUCACGCAAGCGUUGGAUAAUUCUUGGUAGAUGAUGACAAGAGCUACCACUACCAUGGGUUCCACUCAAGGCUCUGACAGCGCCCACUAUGUGCCCAAUGGCACCAAUGGCGUAAAGCGCAGGCGAAGGUCGACCGUUCUCAAUGCGAGAUCGCAUGUCAAUCAGGAGCUAUGGAAGCAGGCACCGAUACUUAUUGGCAACACUAACUUCGAGCCUCUCCCUAACGCGAAGAACAUCUUAAUCACGGGUGGAGCUGGCUUCAUAGCUUGCUGGUUUGUACGGCAUCUAGUACUUACAUACCCACACUACAAUGUGGUAUCAUUCGACAAGCUAGACUAUUGCGCUGCGCUGAACAACACGCGAAUCCUCGAUGAUCGACCCAAUUUCACCUUUGAACAAGGUGACAUCACGUCACCGGCGGACGUCAAGCGCGUUUUGCGAAAACACCAAAUCGACACGCUCUUCCACUUCGCGGCGCAAUCGCACGUCGACCUCAGCUUUGGUAAUUCAUACGAGUUCACCAACACCAACGUAUAUGGCACCCAUGUUCUGCUUGAAAGAGCGAGGGAACAUGGUAUCAAUAGGUUCAUACAUAUCUCGACAGAUGAGGUAUACGGCGAUGUACCUGUCGGGGCAGCAGACCUGGGCGAGACGAGCAUACUGGCACCUACAAAUCCUUACUCGGCGAGCAAGGCAGCAGCAGAGAUGAUGGUCAGCGCAUACAGGAGUAGUUUCAAGCUGCCGCUGAUCACUGUUCGAGCAAACAAUGUAUAUGGGCCGCAUCAGUUCCCUGAGAAAAUUAUCCCAAAGUUCAUCAUGCUUCUACAACGUAAACAGAAGCUCCUCCUUCACGGCGACGGCUCACCUACCCGACGAUACCUAUACGCAGGGGAUAUUGUAGAUGCGCUAGACACGAUACUGCACAAGGGUUCCAUCGGUCAGAUCUACAACAUAGCCUCGAAAGACGAAAUAUCGAACUCGGACAUAUGUCGCAAGCUGCUAGAUGUCUUCGGAAUUUGUCUCGACUCUCCUGCCGAGCUCUCGAAGUGGGUAGAGCACACUGAAGACCGGCCGUUCAACGACCAGCGCUAUGCGACGGACGGGACCAAGCUGAGCGCGCUGGGUUGGGAACCCAAGACGAGCUUUGAUGAGGGUCUGAAGGUUACAGUGGAUUGGUAUCGGAGGUUUGGCGAAGUAUGGUGGGGAGACAUUAGCCGCGUCCUAACAUCGUUCCCGGUGGUAACGGGAAACGAAAUCUGGACGAAAGAGGAGCACGAGGAUCUACCCUCUUCGGACGGGGAGGUCACACAUGAGGAGGAUAGCGCGAUCUGGACGACAUAGCAUUGCCCAUGCUGUAGCUGGUAGAGAUAGGAUACCCGGGUGGUAUUGGUAUGCAUGAUAAUUGCGUAUGGAUGGACCUUUACGGUGCCACAUGCAAUUGAGGUGCGCUGUCUAAGUGCGGAUGCAGGGACCAAAUGAUGUGGGCCCAACCAUGCGACAGCCCUACCAGUCUUCGCACUCAAGUUUGGAAUUCGCUGCUCAGGACGCAUCCUCGAAACAAGAUGCUGAAUCUUUGAUGCUUUCACUCGAGCCUGCAAGGAGACCGACUCUUGUAGCUAUUCCGAGCUGCUCCUUGCAAGCGGCCCUCAGCCACAAGCGGUGGCGUACCCACCCCAGUGCUCCGCCUUCGCUAGCGGCAUUGGGCGCUUGAGAUGAUUGAAACGCCAGACGCAGCAAAACAUUCAUUGCUCA